GAAGCAGCAUGUUCCAGGUGGUGUGAGUCAAGACGUGUGAGCUUUUGUAGAUUUUGUAGUUUUAAAAUAAGCCAUGCUUUUCUAAAUACCGCUCGACAGCUCUAACAUUGAUAACUGUGACAGCUUUAUAGCCCGGAACUUGUUUACAAAUAUAUAUAUAUAGAUAUAUCCGCUUGGGUAUUGAAGAGUUGAGAUGGAGAAAGGCUCCACAGGCGCUACAGAAAAGACCCAGUCGGCUUUGCCUUGUAAGGACGAGAGUGACGAGGACUCCAGCGGCCCAAAUUCCCUCAACUCCGAGGAAGCAACCUGUGGCGCUACUGCAGGUCGAGCGAGAUGGACUCUGCUGAGACAGGUGUUGUGUCAGAAGCAGACAGACAGUCCUGAGGUCAAACAGGUGUCUGUUCGUAGGUUUGCCACCUUUGACCUUUUCAGAAGGAAAAAACUCUCAGCACAAGAACACUGUGAUACCUCAGAUGACCAGUGGGUGGAGUACAGAAGUGUCUACUAUCCUGAAUACGGUGCCUUCCUCAGGGAUAACCUGGGGCCUCUCAAAGUUAAUGAAGUACUCAAUAGUUUUGACAACACUGGCAAUGUCUGUGUGUGGCCUUCAGAGGAGGUGAUGGCGCAUUACUGUCUGCAGAAGCGGCACACGUUCAAGGGUGCAGUGUGUGAGUUAGGAGGAGGUAUGACUUGCCUUGGUGGGCUCAUGGUUGCCAUUUCUGCUGACGUGAAGGAAGUCCUGCUAUCAGAUGGGAAUGAGAAGUCCAUUCAGAAUGUUCGGAGAGUGGUCGAGUGUAACAGGCAGGCCGGAAAGUUUGGGUCAACGCACGUGUCGUCCAGGGUGGUUAGGUGGGACUGUGAGGUGGACAUUUCAGCGCUGGAAGGUCACUUCGAUACCGUCAUGUGUGCAGACUGUUUGUUUCUCGACCAGUACAGAGCCUGUCUGGUUGAUGCCAUAAGGAGAUUACUGCGACCCAACGGCAUGGCGUUGGUGUUUGCUCCUGGAAGAGGUGAAACUUUAACACUGUUCUGUCGGCUGGCCCAGCAGACCGGUCUGUGCGUCUCCCAACACCAGCAGUACGACGCUCAGGUCUGGGAUGUUCAUCUAAAGAUGCUGAGAGAAGGAAAGCAGGCGUACGAUGAAAACAUCCACUACCCUGUCCUCGUCACCCUGACCAAAGGACCUCAACCUGUUAAUCAAGCUCAGUAAAAUAGAAUAAGGGAGCUCUUUGCUAUAUGUAACACUCCACACUGUUUGCAUUUUUUUUUUUUUUUUAUGUCACCUCCAGCCAUAUUCCAAACACCAGAAGAUGGCCGCUCAGCUUCUAUAGCUCGCAGUUAAUCUGCUAGUUAAAUCCGUUCUGGAUUUAUCGACUUCACAAGGUGAUCCCUAUGCAUUCAUUUGAAAUUACGUUGAAUUACAUGACAGUUUCCCAUACACGUCAGGCUUUCAUUAGCGUUUUCCAGCUCAAACUAGUCACUGUUAACAAACAUCGCUCACUGUUCCCUUCGCUCAGCGUGGAGGCCGGCUUUGACUCGCGGUGCGGAGCAAUUUGCAGCUUCCUCAAUUUCCACCUUUAAUUUCUCUUAAAACAUCUCAUUCAUCCCAGUCAGGGGUCAGUACAAAGAACUUAAUUUGUGUGUGCGUGUGUUACAGCAGUGCGGUGCAUUAACACAUUAUGGCACUUUCAAAUGAAAAGAGCAUCGGUUGCUGCAGGAGACACAGAUUUGAUAUAAUUUUUUUUUUUCUUUUCCACUGCAAUUUUACUGCAAUUAACAAGUAAUCUCCAGCAUGCAUGCUAUGAGUCCACUAUCGGUAUCGCUUUAUGGUUUGCGAUGAUGAUGAAAGGAUAGGCCUGAUCUUAAUUUGUUAACCGUCGUCUGUAAUUUCCCUCUUCAGUUCCCGUUUGAGUUGUUAAAAUGCUGCUGAUUACUCUGAUUUUACUGAUGUGUGAAUCUUCACACCUGGCUCAUUGUGACAAGUAUCAUUAUUUUUCAAGAGGUUUGUGAGUCGGAGUUAUUUAUCAAGCUCAUGUUGUAGUAGUAUAUAUUGACCCAAUACUGUGGAAUAGAAAAUAGUGUAUUUUUGUGAUUGUGUGCGUGAAUUAGAUAUUAUUUCUUUCGGUCUUUUCCAGAUGACGACAUUCCGUGCCGGCAAGGCAACAAACAUAUCUUGGUUUGGUUUUGGUGGCAUUUAUUGGCGCUUCUGGUAAAGACAAAAAAAAAUAAAAUAAAAUUACGUGUUAUUGAAGCGGUGUUAUCUCACUCUGAAAAUCUGUUUGAGUGUUUCAGUGGGGAAAAACACAAAGUUGAUGUUCUAUAUAUUUUGUACAAACUGGUUUUGCUAAUAGAACAGCGAUUGAUCUUCUCCUGAAGCAUUUUAGAGAGAGGAAUCGUUGAGGUUUUUAUCCUGUGGUCUCUUCAGGUUCCUUCUGCAGGAUUUCAAUCCGGAGGAGGAGAUGACUGUGGUACAGGGUCGUUUGUCAGACCGAUUCUGUCGACGUUUUUAAUUCAACGUGUCUUUCUAUCUACUUUAGAACGUUUAUAAUCCCAUGAAUAAUGUUCCCUGAACAUUUAUUUUGGAAGAAAAGCAGACCGUCACAGCAUUACAGACCCUCCAUCAAGACUAGCAGUGAGCGCUAAACGCUCGCACACGCAUCAUCCGAAUCCAAACGGCGUGAGGUCACAAGGUUGCAGACCACCGCCAACGUUCCCCUUCUGGAUCUUCCAUGUUGGUUUUACAAAACGGUCACAGAGGGAGCACCACGCAUUUCUACAGACAGCCUCCAUGAACGACGUUGCGAUUCCCAUUCAGGAGUUUUUAGCCAUUUGACGGUCUUAUUAUAGCAGUGAUUUAGUGAAAAACAAAGGUACAUAUUUCCUCAACGCGUCAGAUAAGUGUUCCUCCAAAGUAUCGACGUCUCUUGCAGAUACAAAAGCCAUACAGUGGGAGGUAGUUGAAUAGAAAUAUCAACAUUUCUGUCUGAUCGCAUUGCCGGGUCAGGUUGAAUUUUUUUUCCAGGCCUGAUCUAAAUUGAUUUACUCAAAAUAAAGGUUGGAUUUUCCACAAUUUUCACUGUGAGAUGAUGUAAAUACAUAAAUAAUAAUAAUGUGAUUUUAUUUGAGACCUUCUUGCUCAUCUUUACCAGGUAGCAAUAAACGUCGCUGGCAUGGCUCCUUUAUUCAAUGAGUAAAUAGUAAUACAUAACAUGUUUCUCCAGAGGACAAAGUGUGCAAUAAGUAAAAUAUGUCAGGUUCAUUCUUGACCCUUGAGUUACAAUAGUGACUAUUUUAUGACCUGUGGCUGCCUUUGCAGAAUGUCUGGAAGUUUCCAUAAAAUCUGGAAACUUUAGUUGCUGGAAAACCAUCAUCAGGCGCAUCAAAGUCGAAAUGAAACCAAAUCCUGUGUUGAUUCUGAGUUAUACGGUAAACAUAUCUAUAUCUUUAUCUCUUUAAAGUCACAACCUCGCAGAUGUUUGCUUCUUGGGUUUCUUCAGUCGAAAAAAAAUGCCACGUUUUUAUCAACCGGCCGUUCUCAGGUGUUUUUUUUGUCACAGAUCCCCUGGCUUCCUGUUUCUUGUAUCAUCGGGAAAGCUGCAGGUAUGAAGGUGUGUGUUGCGGUGAGCGACGCAUUUCCACAUUACACUGUGAUCCACUGACGUACAGGACAGCCAAGAAGCUAUGCAGUACUUCCCAGUGGCUGCUGUUUACAUUUCACACAAGAUAAUCAGCCUCAGAAAAACAAAGCGGGCGUCGUGAAUGUUUCGAUGUUUGAAAUGUCACCGCAAAAAACACACGUAAUAGUUUUUGAUCGCACGUUUUUGCUUUCGCAGUGGGAUUUGCCGUUUUUUUGGUUUGUUCUCUUCUCAGAGUGUGCAACAUAAAUACACCCUCCCUCCACUGUGACCGUACACAGAUAAAGCAUCGCUGUCUAAUGCAGCGUGAGCAGCUGACAAAGCUUUACAACAUGCUGGCAUGUGGCAUGUUUCAGGUUGCGACGUCACGUCACCCUCAGUACCCACGAACUUUCAAACCAUAAAAAUAAUCAUUUCGCAAAUAAUCUUCCAUAUAUAAAGACGAAUGUGGUGAGAUUACCACGAGUAUUGUCAGUUUAAAGUGUUUGGUAUUAAACAAAUCAGCAUUAUAGCCAGUAAGUACUCUUUAAAAGUAUAAAUGAACACUUUCAGCGUUUUGUUUUGUUUGUUUGUAUUCAUUUCAAGCUGGCUCUAAUUUCAUUCUGCCUUAAAAAACACAGAGGCACCACAAAAAAAAAAGUGUGUGAUUACUGAAGUAUUCACAAUUCAAGCUAAAUGUCUUUUACACAAUCUGUGAGAAAUGAAAUAAGUUCUGAAAGUAUUUGUAGUAGUCAGAGUAUCAAAUCUGUUUAAUUAGUUUAUAUAAACCAAAUGUUCUCACUUUCAAAGCAGAUCUGAGAUCAGCCCAGCUAAGAAUGACCUCAGUCCUUGCAGUCCUAAUUCUGUAGAAGAUCCGACCUGAAUUACAGUAAAAUGAACUUGCACUGCUGCAAAGUGUUGCACUCGGCGUCUCUGAGUCGCAACUGAAUUAUUCGACGCGUUCCCAAGAAACCUGCGGCAGCCUCGCUUUAGCCGAAGCUCACCUAUCGAUAAUAUCCGCCUUGAAUACGUAUAUAUGCCUUAGAAGCGCAUGGCUGAUCUGCAACAGAAGAGUUUGACCUUAAACUUCAGUCUGUGUAUGGAUGUAACUUGAUUUUCGUUUUUGAACCGGACCACUGCCACAAAGCUCAGCUGCGUUUUCUCCAUCAUGUGCAUCAGCAUCAGUUUUAGUCGUAACGAAAAACAGUAUUUGACUUAGUAGAAAAUGCACAUCUGGUUUAUUAUUAUUGAAACUCUUCCUGGACGACCUAUAGGCUCGUACCUACUAUGUGUGAAUUAGACUUUUGAAACUAUCAUUUCAUUUUUAUUAGAGCAACAACGGCUCAGUUCGGUGUCCUGUGUGUCAUUUCGUGUGAAUUUGAGGCCUCAAACAGACGCGACAAAAAAAAAAAAAAAAAAGCAGAAGUGUUUGUAAGUCAAAUAGAUUUGACUCAGAAAAGAGGAUGAAAUUUUUGCUUUGCUAUUAUGAAAAUCAUUUGGAUGUUCAUGGUUUUUCUGAUCGAAUAAAAUAUUUUUUCUUCAAGAA